GCCGCCUCGCCGCAGCCGUUUCCUGUCGGUGCCCCGGUCGCCGCUGGCCUUCGUUCCCAGGCUCUGGCCUCCGGCUGGCGAGGGUUCUGGGGCCUGCGGGGCUGGGCGCCGUCCGGCGGGGCCGGCACCCAGCGGGUGCGGGCUGUGCGGGCGAGGGUUCGCGCGGGCCGGGUGGAGGCUCGAGCGGGGACUUCCGAGCUCGAGCCCCGGAGCCCCCGGCCUGGGCAGGAGGGGCUGAGAGGCCAGGCGGGCAGGGGCGGCCGGGCCCGGGCCCGACCGUCUGUAGCGCGCGGGACGGUGAGGUACCAGGAGGUCGACUUAGGCCUCAGGAAGGGAAGUUCUCCUGAAGGGAGCUUGUCCCCUAGGCCCAGAGUCGGCUCCUCGAGCCCAGCGACCUCGAGAGGCGGAGAGGAGGGACCUCGGGAGAGGCACUCGCUGGAGGAGCCACCCCCGGCCUGGAGCUUCGGGAGCCCCGGGCGGGUCAGCGAGCCCCGACAGGUGGGCCUCCACUUUCACAGUCCUGCAUGUUUUUCCAAGAGCAGCAGAAAAUGAAUCAAUCUCUGGAACCGGUAUCAUUCAAGGACGUGGCUGUGGACUUCACGCAGGAGGAGUGGCGGCAGCUGGACGCUGAGCAGAAGACAACCUACAGGGAUGUGAUGCUGGAGAACUACAGCCACCUGGUCUCUGUGGGAUGUCACAUCAUCAAACCAGAAGUUAUCACCAAGUUGGAACAAGGAGAGGAUCCAUGGAUAGUGGAAGGAGAAUUCCUUCUUCAGACCUACCCAGAAGUCUGGAAAGUCCAUGCUUUGAUAGAGGGAGCCCCAGAAAAUGAAGACAAACAUCCAAGGCAGACUCUAUCUAUCAACAGAACCCUGAUUGAAGAGAGAGGUAAUGUUCUUGGUAAGACUUUUACUGUGGAAACAAACCCUGUUCCUUCAAGACAAAUAUCCUAUAAAUGUGACUCCUGUGAAAAGAGUUUAAGAUCUGUUUCAGAAUAUAUUAGUAGUGAUGGAAGCUAUGCAAGAAUGAAGCCUGAUGAAUGUAGUGCAUGUGGGAAAUCACUUCUCCAUGUUAAGCUGGAGAAAACUCAUCAAAGAGAUAAACCCAAUGAAUUUAAUCAAAAUGGGGAGGCUUAUGCUCUAAAUGAGGAAAGUAUUUAUCAGAACAUACAAAUUUUGGAGAAACCCUUUGAAUAUAUUGAAUGCCAGAAAGCCUUUCAAAAGGAUACAGUGUUUGUUAAUCAUAUGGAGGAGAAGCCCUAUAAGUGGAAUGAAUCUGAAAUAGCCUUUCUCCAAAUGUCAAACCUCAGUGUGCACCAGGGGGCUCAUAUGGAAAUGAAGCCCUAUGAAUGCAACGCAUGUGGGAAAUCCUUCUGUAAAAAGUCAAAAUUUAUUAUACAUCAGAGGACUCAUACAGGAGAGAAGCCUUAUGAAUGUAACCAAUGUGGGAAAUCCUUCUGCCAGAAGGGAACCCUCACUGUCCAUCAGCGAACACACACAGGGGAGAAGCCCUAUGAAUGUAAUGAAUGUGGGAAAACUUUCUACCAGAAGUUACACCUCAUUCAGCAUCAAAGAACUCACUCAGGAGAGAAGCCCUAUGAAUGUAGUUAUUGUGGAAAAUCCUUUUGCCAGAAGACACACCUCACACAACACCAGAGAACACAUUCAGGAGAGAGACCCUAUGUCUGUCAUGACUGUGGAAAAACCUUUUCCCAGAAGUCAGCACUGAAUGACCAUCAGAAAAUUCACACAGGCGUGAAACUCUAUAAGUGUAACGAGUGUGGGAAAUGCUUCUGCCGAAAGUCUACUCUGACUACACAUCAGAGGACACACACAGGGGAGAAACCCUAUGAAUGUAAUGAAUGUGGGAAGUUCUUCUCUAGGCUUUCAUAUCUCACUGUACAUUAUAGAACUCAUUCAGGAGAGAAACCCUAUGAAUGUAAUGAAUGUGGGAAAACUUUCUAUCUGAACUCAGCCCUCAUGAGACACCAGAGAGUACACACAGGUGAGAAACCCUAUGAAUGUAAUGAGUGUGGAAAAUUAUUCUCCCAGUUGUCAUACCUCACUAUUCAUCAUAGAACACACUCAGGAGUGAAACCCUAUGAAUGUAAUGAAUGUGGGAAAACUUUCUACCAGAAUUCAGCCCUUUGUAGACAUCGGAGAAUACAUAAAGGCGAGAAGCCCUAUGAAUGUUACAUAUGUGGGAAGUUCUUCUCUCAGAUGUCAUACCUCACUAUACAUCAUAGAAUUCAUUCAGGAGAGAAGCCCUAUGAAUGUAAUGAAUGUGGAAAAACCUUCUGCCAGAAUUCAGCCCUUAAUAGGCAUCAGAGAACACACACAGGAGAGAAAGCCUACGAGUGUUAUGAAUGUGGCAAAUUCUUCUCUCAGAUGUCAUAUCUCACUAUUCAUCAUAGAAUUCAUUCAGGAGAGAAACCUUUUGAAUGUAAUGAAUGUGGGAAAGCCUUCUCUCGGAUGUCAUACCUUACUGUACAUUAUAGAACUCAUUCAGGAGAGAAACCCUAUGAAUGUAACGAAUGUGGGAAGAAAUUCUACCACAAAUCAGCCUUCAAUAGCCAUCAGAGAAUUCACAGGAGAGGGAAUGUAAAUGUAAUUGAUGUGGGAAGGCUUCUCUGAAGUCACAGUUUAAUGUCACAGAACCCCCUCAAUAUAAUGAAUAAAAAACUUCUCUCAUCAUAAGUCAGAGAUUUUACCCAGGUAUAUGUGGACCAGCCUUUGAGCAUGAGUCAGACUUGGAAUUUGAAAGUUUGCAGGGUUAAAAACCACAGUUGUAACUAGGCCACAUCACAUGUGGGAUACCAGACUAGGUAAGAAUAAGAUUUUAUAAAUUUUAUUUAGAAUGUACAUAGUUUUCACCAUGGAUUCGAACUGUUUUACAUAUCAGGGAAUUUAUAUCAAGGGAAACCUCUUAAUUUAAGGAAGUGGAAAACAUUCUGUUGGAAUUAUUAAUACUAAAAAUUAUGUUUCUGAUAAAAUAUCAAGCUCUUUGUAAAAAAAAAAACACAAGAUGGCUGUCAUGAAUAAACAUGCUCCUUUUGUAAAUAGAAGCUGUAAAGUCACAGGUAGCUAAUCAAGGCAGCGACAUGGCAACAUUAAAUUCAUAUAUGAGUGGUUCUUGAGGGUGUAGGACUAAUGCUUUUGAGGGGCAUUUUGGUCUGUUUGUUUUAUAGCAUGCUACAUUACAGGAACCAUAUGUUCAUGUCUCAAUCAUGUUUAAAAAUGCAUUCUAUCCUUACUAGAAUAAUUUGUAAGACAUGGUAACAUUUUAGGUAGCACCCCAAUGUUAGUAUCUUAAUAUACAUUAUUACUUAACUAAUAUUUGAAAAGUAUAAAGUAUGCUUCUUUUUGUAUUCUUCCUUGGCAUUUAUAAUGUAUUUUAUCAUUGUUUAUUAACUAAGUCUUCCAUAAAGAAGGCAAUGUUUUAAGUAAUGUUUUCAACUCUGAGUCAGGAAGAGAUAGAAACCUAUGCAUAAAGUAGAAAAAUGCAUAGAUGAAUUUUAAAUUGUUAAUGCCAGAAGUCUCCAGUAGUGAGAAACACUGUAGGACUCACUGCACUUGAUAGUUUUUUUAAAAAGUCCAAUUUUAGUCUUUUUUCCACCUAUUUUUAUUUAAAUGCCUGUAUAAGUCUGUACAGAGCACACAUACUGUGUAACCUAGGAAUUAGCUUUAUUCUUAUUUAAUAUGAUGAUGUUUUUAAACACCAUGCUUCACUCCUUCCUGAAUGGAUUAAGAGCACAUUUGUACGGGUUUGUAGCUGGCAUUGUUGAAACUAGAAUCCCUGCUCACUUGCUCCUUACUUGUUGGCUGGCUGAGUUUGGAUAUCCAUUCCUCCUCACAGAACAGGGCAUAAAUCCUGAUUUGUUUCAAUGAAUAAUGAUAAUCCUGUUUUCAUUGCCAGCAGUUGGUUUAGAGGGUCAAGGACCCAAUUCUAGACAGAUAAAGGAAAUAUCUGGCAGGUUAUUUCUGGAAAAGCUUUCCUCAAAAUUCAAGGAAUCAAGCAGGGAAAAGUGAAAUCUUGUUGAACGUCUCCUUGUCUGGAUGUGAUGCCUGGCUCUCCUUCAGCAAUGAAUUACACUUUGUGCACAGCAAAGCAGAAAAACUGGAAGAACUUGGGACCCCGACCAUGCUCUUGAGCCACUGAACCAGCCAGCUGUGUAGCCACUCCACCUCUGGGCUGUUUCUUUCGUGAAAGACUACAUUUUAAGCUGAUUUAGGUCAUUCUUAGUGAUAACUGAAGAUACAGAGUCACACUUUUGUAGGAGUUAUGCAAUUGAGAAGUGGACUUCAGGCAAAUCAUUUAUUUUGAGCUGUUGAUAUAGAGAUUCUUAUUUUCUGUAAGUUUUGGUGUAAAUAGUUUGAGUCUUAGAAAUCAAUCUGAAACAAUUAAAUGUAUAUGUUUUCUUGAAAUGUUAUACAACUACCCUAAGAAUCUCUAGAAUCUGAUACAGUGUCAGGUAGUUCUUUCUUGAUAAUGCAUGACAUAAAUUUUGUUUAGAUUAAUUUAUAUUAUUCAUGGGUCAUUGCUACAAUGUUGUUGACAAUAUAUGGUGUGAAGUAAGAAUAUACUUUGUUUUCCAGUGAUUAGCUAUCUUGAGUAAUUCACCCCUUACCACAGAGAUGAAGUACCAUGUUUUUCCUGUAUUUCCAUCACUCGUGGAGCCUGUUGUUUGUUAAUCAUCACUUUGCCUCCAUAUUUGUCUGGAUAAUCGUGAAUAUGCUACGUAACAGGAAUUAAAAUUUGGUAGAGUGUAUAGUUUUGAGUAGGAACUAUAUAUUCAUAGUAUAUUUGUUGAAAUACUUAAGCUACUUCCCACUAGUGUGGUAAAUCUCUAACUACACAGUACGCAUUUUUAAGUAAAUAUUUGAAAAGUUUAAAGGGUUUACCACAUUUUUUUCUCAUAGAGUGGCUGAAACAAAAGGGCCCUGUAUGUUUAAGUGGUCCCAAACUGCCUCUUCCAUAAUGUGGUUGUGCGGUUGGUUUGUUUCAGAGAUGUCAAUGUUUUCUUAUUUUUACAUCUCUGAAAUUAGGAUCAAUAACAUACUCGAAUUUAACUGGCAUUUUUUUUUUCUUCCUUAGAAGUACUUAAACUAAUGGUUUGUCUUAGAUUUGAUGGAAUGCACUAUUUGAAAAGUUUUAAACUGUUGCUGGCAAGGCCUGAGCUCAAGAAAGAAAGCACUAUAGGGGCUGACUCAGUUUACGCAUCGGCAGCAAGGACUGAAUGUGGAAUUGGAGCAGAGCACAAGUACUUGUUCUUAUACACAAGUGGCCUCAUACUCCGGAGUAUGAGCAGAUUAGGAACUCCCAGAGGGAUUUCCAAGGGCUGAGCAAGAGGUCAGCCCUUCCUGGCACACAAAGGUGAGAUUCCCUCAAAUUUUUUUUUUUAAAUAAUCCUCUUGUUAGAGAAACAGUGGCUCAUUUGCUGCUUCUGUGGCCUCUCAAACAGGUCAAAGUUAAGACACACAGUGUCUUAACACCAGGGCUUUUUCUGUCUGAGGCCAGAGAGGCACCUCUCUUUAUUCCAUCUCAGUGUGGCUGGCUGGGCUGUCCAGUCACACUCCUCACAAUUUGUAAAGAAGCCACAUGACUGCAGCCCAAAUAAUUGCCAGAUUUAUAGAAACAAUUAAACAAAACAAGGACAUACAUUUUAAAAGUUGUUGCUUUUUUAAUUAUUAUUAUUACAGAGAUAACUACAUCACAAAUAAACUGCUUUUCCCUUCCUUGAA